AUGGCGCCCACCAGCACCAUUAUCCACAUGGUAGAAGGAGCUCCCAAGAAUGCUCUAUAUCCCCAGGAGGUGAUCCCGGCUUCCCAGUUGGUCUUCUUCACCUGCAUCUGGAUCACACUGAUGUCAAAUGCUUGUGCUGCUGGUGAAAUCAAGAAGCCCCACCAGCGCUGCUUCUCUUCAGUGAAGCCGACCCGCAAGCAAGAAACUAGAAUGAGGAAAGAUGACAGUGCCAAAGUGUGGCCCCUGAAGUAUAAGCAACUUCUCCAUGUAGAGGACCAGAAUUCUGCAGUGAGACCUGGAUUUGGAGGAUCUCCAGUGGGUAUAGAUGUCCAGGUUGAAAGCAUUGACAGCAUUUCAGAGGUUAACAUGGACUUUACAAUGACUUUUUAUCUCAGGCAUUAGUGGAAAGAUGAAAGACUUGCCUUUCCCAGCAAAACCAACAAAAGCAUGACUUUUGAUCACAGAUUAAUCAGAAAGAUUUGGGUGCCUGAUAUCUUUUUUGUCCAUUCGAAGAGAUCCUUCAUCCAUGAUACAACUGUGGAGAACAUCAUGCUGUGUGUACACCCUGAUGGAAAUGUCCUCUUCAGCGUCAGGAUAACUGUUACAGCAAUGUGCUUUAUGGAUUUCAGCAGGUUUCCACUUGACACUCAAAAUUGUUCCCUUGAACUGGAAAGCUAUGCCUACAAUGAGGAGGAUCUAAUGCUGUACGGGAAACAUGGAAACAAGUCCCUGAAUACUGACCAGCAUAUUUCGCUCUCUCAGUUCUUCAUCGAGGAAUUCGGUGCAUCCAGUGGAUUUGUUUUCUAUAGCAGCACAGGUUGGUACAACAGGCUUUUCAUCAACUUUGUGCUAAGGAGGCAUAUUUUCUUCUUCGUGCUGCCAAGCUAUUUCCCGGCUGUGUUGAUGGUAAUGCUUUCCUGGGUUUCAUUUUGGAUUGACCAGAGAGCUGUCCCUGCAAGAGUUUCCUUGGGAAUCACCAUGGUGCUGACCAUGUCCACGAUCCUCUCUGGGGUGUGCGCCUCCAUGCCCCAGGUGUCCUACGUCAAGGCCGUGGACGUGUACCUGUGGGUUAGCUCCCUCUUUGUCUUCCUGUCAGCCCUUGAGUACGCAGCCGUGAACUACCUCACCACAGUGAAGACAGAGAAGCAUCCUCAUUCGCCUUUGCCAAGAGAUUUUCUGCGUGAGGAAUUUCUCCCAGUGUGCUCCCCUCCACUGACUCUAACCCUUGAAAAGAAGGGGUUGAUGCACAAAUCGCAUCCUUGCAAAUUUCUGGAAUGUACAGCAUUGAUGCAGCUCAAGCCAUGGCCUUUGAUGGUUGUUACCAUGACAGUACAACUGACACGGACCAGACAUCCUUUUCUCUACACUCAGAAGAGGACUCCAUGCAAGAAAGAUGCACAGGCAACCUCAGCACAGAUUCACCUCCGAUAA